GAGGGUUGGUGGCUGGCCGUCAGAGCGGUCCGAACAACUGUUACGAACUGCUUGUAUUUGUGUUCUUCGCAUUUUCCUUCUGUUAUCUGUGACUUCAGCAUAGACAAGUUUGCUCUUCUCUCUCACGUUCGAGGAGGAGAAAAGCUUCAGGAUGGAGAAGCUCUUGCUUCUGUGCGUCUUCGCGUGCGCGAUUCGGAUGUACGCCUUCGCUGUGCCAACUGGCUGCACGGAUCCAGCAGGUUGUAACCCAGAGCUGUCUUGCGAAGGAGAUGGUCGCUUCAGGUCCAGUUGCAACUGGUGCCGUUGCGUAGGUGGCAGGAGCCUUUGCACCAAGAGAGGUUGCCCUCCUGGUCUCGCCGAGCGUCUGGAAGGCGAACCAGAAUGUGAGGGUAACGUGACAUUCCACAGAGAGUGCAACACCUGUAGCUGUGUCAAUGGCAGAGCUAUUUGCACAACGAAGCAUUGUGGGCCCUCUGGUCUACCAUCAGAGAUCUCAGUCACUGUGACUGAGGAGCGAGCUGAGAGGGGUCCCACUGACACUGAGCCAGAGUGCACUCCCGGUUCUCGAUGGAGAGUUGAUUGCAAUUGGUGUACGUGCAAUGAAUUAGGCCUAGGAAUUUGCACCAAGAAAGGAUGCCCUCCUGUGCCCACAGAUGAGCAGAGGAAUGAGCCAAACUGUGAAGGAUCAUCUCGUUGGAGGGAAGAAUGCAAUUGGUGUAGUUGUGUUGAUGGUCGAGGCCUCUGUACACUGAAGGCUUGUGAAGUAGAUAAAGCUCCACCUCCACCAAGUGACGCCUCCAUUUCAGAUCCAAGUAAAAUCCCAAAUCCCCCUGAACGUGAGGUAAGGUGUACCAACGGUUCGCGGUACAGAGACGAAUGCAACUGGUGUUCUUGCUCUGAAUCUGGCUUUGCAAUGUGCACCAUGAUGGGUUGCACACCAGAAAUUAUGGAACGUUUUAAGAAUGAGCCAGAAUGCAUUGGAGAUGCGAGAUGGAUGAGAGACUGUAACUGGUGUAACUGUCUUAACGGAAAUGCAGUUUGUACUUUGAAAGAAUGCAUGCCAGAAUUUGAUAUCACCGUCAUCAAACGCGAUGAUAGCGAAGAACCAGGGUGUACCAAAGGUUCCGAGUGGAGAGAGCAUUGCAACUGGUGUUCUUGUAGUGAGACAGGCAUACCGGGAUGUACUGAAAAGGGUUGUUUGAUGCCCCCAGAAGAUAUUAAGGAACCAGAGUGCAAAGGGAAUGCUCAGUGGAAGAGAGACUGCAAUUUGUGCCGCUGUGUGGAGGGAAGAGCAGUAUGUACUGAAAAAGCAUGUCUAGGAGAUGCAUCAGAUACCUGUGUAGAGGGAACAACUUGGGAUGUUGGUUGCAACUCGUGUGUUUGCCAGAAUGGACGUUCUUUAUGUACCGAAAAAGAUUGCCAACCAGAUGGGAGUACAUCUGAGUGUUCGCCCAACAGCAGCUGGAAAGAUGAUUGCAAUACUUGUUCAUGUAAAAAUGGCCGACCAGUGUGUACCAGGAUGUUUUGUACAAGUCCCUCUCAUUGUUACCUUCCUCCUGUUGAGCUGGAUGGGCCUCUCUGUGAGGGUCUCCUACAGAAGUGGACAUUUGACAGUUCAGCCCAUCAGUGCAAGAGUAUUGUUUAUGGGGGUUGUGGAGGGACAGCUAACCUCUUUGAUUCAGAAUAUGAUUGUCUGACAUCCUGUGUCUCUCCUUCGGGUGGAGGGAGUUUAAAGAAAGGAAUUGGCGCGAAAGAUUUAGGUCAGCAGGCUGGAGAAGAUGUAGCCAAGAGCCAGAAGAGGUGUCUCUUACCAUUGGAUGAAGGACCUUGCUUUGGAGCCCUACCAUAUUUCUUCUACAACAAAGUCACUGGAAAGUGUGAGAGGUUCACGUACGGAGGGUGCCAAGGAAAUGCGAACAGAUUCUUUUCCAUUGAGGAGUGCCAAGAAACAUGUGCCGGCAUUGCUCCAGCAACUGAUGAAACGUGCAAUAGAUCCCAGUGCCCAUGGAAACGAUGGGGCCACUACCUUGCCAAGGGAUGCCUUCCACAAUAUGAUGGCAGUGCUUGCUGUCCAACCAGAUUUUUAUGUUCAAGUUAUGAUGAGUCACAGGGAAAUAAAACUCAGUGCAUCUACAGAAAUAGAGCUUAUGAUAUAGGAGAGAGAUUAGAAGUUUCCGAUGAGUGUUCAGCUGGCUGUCUUUGUGCCGAAUCAUAUUCUGCCGAGUUACCAGAAAUUCUUUGUGCGUCGGUCGAGUGCCCAGACCUAUUCCAUCCACACCCACCUGGCUGUCGUCCACUAUAUCGGCUUGGGCAGUGUUGUGCUUAUGAUUAUGACUGUGCUGAUUCCCAAAGUCCCACAGGGUUGGAAACCAGAGCACAAACGUGCUUUUGGAAUAAUAGAACGUACCAUGAAGGUGACCAGAUGUACUUCGAUGAAUACCCCUGCCAGCGGUGCAUUUGCAGUUCCGAUUUUACCGAUCCAUUCGGCCCUGGUUGUGUUAAAAUUGACUGUGGAUUUGAAUUCAGGUACACAAACAGAUAUGACCAUGGUUGUGUACCCAUAUUCUUCAAAGAAAACUGCUGUCCCAUUGACUGGUUAUGUCCUGAUGACUCCAGAAUAGCAGAAGUUGAAGACAUCAUCAUGGAGGAUGAAGUGAAUCCUUGCAUCUUAGACAAGGACCCUGGGUCAUGCUACAACGAUGUGACACGCAUAUAUUAUGAUGCAGAAGCUUCUGAAUGUCGGCAGUUUGUGUAUGGUGGGUGUCAGGGAAAUAUGAAUAACUUCCGAAGCUUCGAGGAAUGCGAGGAAUUCUGUAGAAAGACACCAAGACCUUCCCUGUCAGAAUGUCAGAUAGGGGGCAGUGUGUCUACUGGGCCAAGCAAACCCCAAAAUGUGAAGGUGACAGCUCUUGUGAACUCAGGCCUUCCAGGUCGGAUGUCAUUGCAGGUUGAGUGGUCUCCUCCUAAAUGCCCACGAGGCAGCUUGAAGGGUUAUCAAGUGUGGGUUCAGGCAUUAGGCCCAAAAGACAAACCUCACCUGGAUAAAAGUAAUGCCUCAAAAUUCACUGGCCCUCUUAUCACACAAUUGGCAUAUGGUGGUCUCUACUUAGACCAAUCAUACACCAUUGCAGUGGCUGCAGAAAAUGAACAAGAACUUGGUGAUAUAUCCCCUUUGGUUGUCUUCAGUCUGAUUCCAAAUUACCGCCGUGGUGACCAGUGUCACCUGGGCUCAAUAUCCCUGGAAGUAGGAAAGUCAUUGCAGCUGUCAAACUGUCAGAUUGAUUGCCGAUGCAUCACUCCGCCAGAAUUUACUUGCGCAAUGCUCGAUAACUGUGAAGCAGUUAAAGAGAAGCAGUCUUACAAAGAUUGCCCAGAGAUAAGCUGUAGUGCAGAAUGUACCCCACUAACUGAUACUCUGAGUGGCUGUCUCACUUGCUCCUGCAAAAACCAAAGCUUCACUUGUCCUGAACUACAGUGCUCACCUUCAUGUGGUACCAGCAUCAAUUAUGAAACAGGAUGUCCAGAAUGCAGCUGCCAGUGUCCUGUAGCCUCUGGCCAAACUUCCUGCCCUGAUGAAUGUACAGUGGUCAGAGAUUCUAAUGGCUGCCCAGUGUCAUGUGACUGCAAUCUUGAAGGUUUUGGAUUUUCCAGUUUCGAUAAUUGCACAGAGGAUCCUCAUUGUCCAGAAAAUUGUACUGUUCACAGUGAAGCUGGUUGUGCAAAAUGUGACUGCAACUCUAGUCACUUAGGCAAUUCUACCCACAUGACUCGUAGACAGGUCCAAUGUCCUCAGAAUCCUCCUUGUCCUAUGGAUUGUGGAGUAAUCAGGCAAAUUGAUCAAAACACUGGAUGUCUUGUAUGUAUUUGUGAUCCCAGAAAUACUGGAAACCCUUUCUUUCCUGCAGCUCCUCUGCCUCCCAGAAGACCAAGACGUUGCCCUACAGGCCGUCCUCCUUGUCCCCAAGAUUGUGCAGUUCGAUAUGUAAUUAACAGAAACACAGGAUGUUUGGUGUGCACUUGCACCCAUAAUAGUGGGAAUCCAUUUGUUACUGUAAGACCACCUCCUCCAACAAGACAAUGUCCUCUGGGUCCAGAUGGGCGUCCACCAUGUCCACAAGAUUGCACGGUUAUACAAACAGUUGACCAAAAUUCUGGGUGUUUAAUAUGUACUUGUGACCCAAACAGUACUGGAAAUCCCUUUGUUCCUGUUAACCCACCAACUCCAAACCCCUUCCAGACUUGCCCUACAGGCCCAGAUGGUAAACCGCCAUGCCCUCAAGACUGUGGAGUUAUACAAACAGUUGAUCAAAAGACUGGAUGUAGCAUUUGCAUAUGUGACCCUAAUGAUACUGGAAAUCCCUUUGGCCCUUCCAAUCCACCUCCCCCUACCCGUCGUACUAGGACAAGUUGUCCUGCAAAUCCUGAUGGCAAACCGCCCUGUCCUCAAGACUGUGGAGUUAUACAAACAGUUGAUGAAAAGACUGGAUGUAACAUUUGUAUAUGUGACCCUAAUGAUACUGGAAACCCCUUUGGACUUUACAAACCACCUCCUCCUCCCCCUCCUACUAGGAGUUGUCCUACAAAUCCUGAUGGCAAACCGCCCUGUCCUCAAGACUGUGGAGUUAUACAAACAGUUGAUGAAAAGACUGGAUGUAGCAUUUGUAUAUGUGACCCUAAUGAUACUGGAAACCCCUUUGGUCCUUUGAAUCCACCUCCUCUUCCCCCUCCUACUAGGAGUUGUCCUACAAAUCCAGAUGGCAAACCGCCCUGUCCUCAAGACUGUGGAGUUAUACAAACAGUUGAUCAAAAUACCGGAUGUAACAUUUGCAUAUGUGACCCUAAUGAUACUGGAAAUCCCUUUGGACCUUUCAAUCCACCUCCUCCUCCCCCUCCUACUAGGAGUUGUCCUACAAAUCCAGAUGGCAAACCGCCCUGUCCUCAAGACUGUGGAGUUAUACAAACAGUUGAUCAAAAUACUGGAUGUAGGGUUUGUAUAUGUGACCCUAAUGAUACUGGAAAUCCCUUCGUACCUAUCAAUCCACCUCCCCCCUCCUACUAAGAGUUGUCCUACAGAACCUGAUGGCCCACUGCACUGUCCUCAAGACUGUGGAGUCAUACAAACAAUUGAUUAAAAGACUGGAUGUAGGGUUUGUAUAUGUGACCCUGAUGAUACUGAAAUUCCCUUUGAACCUUCCAAUCCAUCUCCUCCUUCCUACUAGUUGCCCUACAUAUCCUGAUGGCAAACUGCCCUGUCCUCAAGACUGGAGUUAUACAGUUGAUAUAGGUUGUGCAAUAUGCAUAUAUACUAAUGAUACUGGAAAUCCAUUUGGACCUUUCAAUCCACCUCCUUCAAGUGGAUAAUAACUUUAUAUGUAUACCUUGCCCAGCAAGUUACAACUGUAAGUAUUGACAUGAAUGACAGCUGCAGCAUUUGUGAACUUUCAUAACUGAUUUCAGGUAAAAUUUUAUUCUUGAGCCUUUAACUUUGAAGUAGGGUUAGGUUUUACCAUUUUGCUUGCAGCAAUCUGUAUUUAACUGACCAAACAGGCUGUGAAAUUUAAUACAUUUGAAACCGUUUAUACAAAUUCAAAUAAAAUUACCUUCUAGACACACUAGACACUUACAAAUCAGUACAGAUGACAGUAGAGAAAGGUAAUGUAUCCAAUAGUAUGACGUAAAGGAAUGAUCUAUCUGCCUUAAAUCUAAUUAUAAAAAUGCCAUUACAAAAAAAAGGUCUAUCAACUAUAAAUAUUAGGAGAAUAAAUGUGAACAUUAUGUACAAAAGAGCAGUUUGUUUCCUUAAACAUCUUGUUUGUAUGUAACAUAAACAGACACCUUAUCUUUUCUAUAACCCAAUAGAUAUCUGAUUCAUUCAUUCACCUUAAAAAAUGUUCUGUCUUGCUCUCAUUACAGUACAGGCUUUGAGAUUUAACAUCACCAACUAUGUACAACUGUAAAAACUUACAAAAGGACAAAUUUUUCUUGAUGACAUUAUGUGAUCUCAAAAUAUUCACUUACAAAACUAUUAACAGUCCAGAGCUAUAUUUUAGCAAUGUUAUAUGUUGUCAUGUAAGAUUUUAUUGAAAUAUGUGAACAGUGCAAAACUAAUAUUUGAUACAGUUGAUAUUUUAAACUAUUUUGCCAUGUAUUACAGCAAUCAAUACUACAAGGAAAGGUAGUGAUCAUACUGUGUUUCUGUGUCAGGUUGAAAUAGUUUGUCAUGAAACAUACUUCUUCAUUAUUUUCAAAGUUUCUUUCAUCUUUGUUGCUUUAAAGCAGCAGUCUCCAAACUUUACAAAAUGAGGAUAAUGUACUUACUGUAUUUCAAACUUUUUGAGGGAACAGAAAAGUUUGUAAAUUAAUGACAUUUAAUUGAAUACAUGAGUAACCUAAAAGUUUGAAAAUUAAUGACAUUUCAUUGAAUACGUAGGUUAAAGUGGAUAAUUUUUUUGUAAUCGGUGUGAUUCAAAAACUGAAAUGUGACAUUUAAAGUGGAAUAAUGCAUGCUUACUCUCUGAAAUUCUAAAUUCAGUAAAAACUUUAAACAUUACCAAAUGCUCCGACUUAAUGAUGAAUGACUUACAAAUUUUACAAAAUGUAUAUUUUAUUAAUUUUUGGUGUAUAGUUAGAAACACACACACCCCCAAGAAAGGACUUAGGUAAAAGAAAAGAAAUUCAAAAUUAAUCAGGGCCAUUAGUUAAGGUCCAAGUAACAUAUUUUCAGGCUGCACGUCUCUAUAUUGUCCUGACAAUUAGUUUUCUGGAAGAAACCAGUGCAUCAUGAAGUAUUACAUAAGAUCAAUGGGAAUGAUGGAGUGAGCAAACAAAACUGCUCAUCAUGUGUUUGACCAUGUUGAUGGGAAAAACCAUAUGGAAAAAGUUUUAAGCAAUUCAAGUUCCUGCGAGCCCUAUAUGGCAUGCCAGCCAAGUUUGGAGACCCCUGUUCUAAAAGACUUAUUAUAAACACCAUUCUUGAGUUUGAUAAUCCCUAUAAAAAAUUAAUUUCAUUGGAGCUUUCCAGUUAAACUUCUAUUGGCUGACACAAAACACAUGGCUGAUAUUCAACAAAGUACAAAAACUGAAAUUGUAUAAAAUUUAUCCUUACUGAAAAUAUUUAUAUUUGAGGCACUUAUUAACAUGUAAAAUAUGCAUCCAGAACAUUUUGAUAAUAGUAUGCACAUUUUUGUCAAUUGCAAUUAAAAAAAAUUAUUUUAACAAUAUAAACAAUUAUUUUAACUAUCCCAAACAAUCUUUAAACUAUUCUAAGUACUUUACUGUAAAUAUAAGUGAUGUUAAUCAUGCAGUUACUGCAAAAGCUGAGAAUGAAACACACCAAUGUAAAUUUUUAUUCAUUUGUUGUUCAUGUAAUAUCAACCAUAUUAACCUUCAUUUUGCUUAUAAGAUGUCUAUGACAGAAUUUACUCUCAGAAUAUAUUAUAUAUUUUUUAUAAAACUGUAACCACUGAAUGACAAACUAAAAAGUUUUUGUUUGAUACAAGUUGAUAUUCUUUUGAUUUGUGAAGUGCAAUAAAGUUCCAAUGUU